CACACACACACACACACACAAAAAGAAAAAAAAGAAAAAAAAAAACACCAUGGAAAUCCCUCCUCCUCCACCGCAAUUCUAGGGUUUUGUUUUUAUUGCUUUUUUAAUCUCUCCCCCAAAUCCGAGGUCGCUUCCCCUCCUACUCCUUGCCUUAUUCAUGUCCUCUUUGGUGAAAUUGGUCAUUUAUUGGGCGGUCUCUGUCAAAAAUUCGACGCACCAACAUGCAGUUGCUGGUGAAUCUCUGGAGUUUUUAGGGUGUUUUUAGAGUGGUGUAGCAAAGAUGGAGGAGGUGGAAGAAGCUAAUAGAGAAGCCAUAGAGAGCUGCUACAAAGUGCUUAGCCUAAUUUCUCAGUCCCAGGAUCAACAACACCUGCAGAGAAACAUACUAGCAGAGACAGGGGAAGCAGUUUCUAAGUUUAAGAAGGUGGUUUCAAUCCUUAGCAGUAGUGUGGGUCACGCAAGAGUCAGGAUUGUUAAGAAGAGCACCACCCCAUUGAACCAAAAGAUCUUACUACAAGACCCAUUAAUCUCUAACCCUAACCCUUUUAAUCUCCUACAGAGGAGUGCCUUACAUAAACAGCAGUUUAGGCCAAAGAUUUACCUUGAGAACCCAAUAGUGGAACUGAAACCUGCUUCCUCUAGAAGCACUCUCCAAUUACCACCGCAAGCCGCGCCGCCCGCUCAUUUCGGCUUCCUCCAGCAGCAGCAGCAGCUGCUGCAACAGCAGCAGCAGCAGCAGCAGCAGAACAGCCAGAGGUAUCAGUUUCAAGCUGAGAUAUUUAGGAGGAGCAAUAGUGGGAUUAAUCUAAAAUUCGAUAGCUCUAGCGGCGUGCAAACGAUUUCGUCAGCUCGGUCCUUCUUAUCUUCUCUGAGUAUGGAUGGUAGUGUCGAUGGGAAGGCGUUCCAUUUGAUCGGAGGGGGGGCGGCGGCGUCCGAUCCGGCGCACUCGUUCCCGCCGCCCAAGAGGAGGUGUACGGGCAAAGGAGAGGAUGGGAGCGGCAAGUGCGCGGCCACCGGAAGGUGCCAUUGCUCGAAGAGGAGGAAAUUAAGAGUGAAGAGAUCCAUCAAAGUGCCGGCGAUCAGCAAUAAGCUUGCUGACAUACCGCCGGAUGAGUACUCAUGGAGGAAGUACGGGCAGAAGCCGAUCAAGGGUUCUCCUCAUCCUCGAGGAUACUACAAGUGCAGCAGCAUGAGGGGUUGCCCUGCAAGGAAGCACGUCGAGAGGUGCUUGGACGAUCCCUCGAUGCUUAUCGUAACCUACGAAGGCGAGCACAACCAUACAAGAGCCGUAACCCAUUCCACCCAUUCUGCCCAAACUUAGAAGAAUUUGAGCUCUCCUCCACAAAUGCGAGCGUCCAAGCCUCAUUACAUAGAGAUUGGGCUAUUCAAUGAAAUUGAUGUGCAUAUUUUGGUUAGAGAAAAUGGGUACACUGGAGCUCUUAAUUCGCUGAUCUAAGUUGUGGCCAAGUGAGCCAUUCAAGCUCAUUGUGAGAUGAAGAGGCUCAUUCUCACUUAAGAGCCACACAGAAAUGCUACCUGAGAAAGCUAAAGAAGGCUAAGAAGGUUUCGAUUUUGCCGGCUCAAAUAUGUUCAGAUCACAUGUUUCUGUUUCAUUGGUGGUUGAAGGGUUGAAGGAGUAGAUAGCAUGGUAGAGUUUUUGGAAGAUAGAAGUGCAUCCAAAGAAGCACACUGUAAUCCACUAAUCUUGGAAGGGAAUGGGGGAGCAUUUCAUGUUGCUCAACUUUUAACUUGCUAAAUGCCAUCUUUAAGAUAUUUUAUACUUUAUUUAGGUGCUUGUUCUUUUAUUAGCUUGGCCAACAUUAUACUUGGUCACCAUUUUUGCUAUUUCAAGCCCUGGUAACUAGCGUACUUACACUCUAUGUUGAGUGUCCUCUCUCUCUCUCUCUCUCUAUUAUGAGGUGUUUUUGGUGUCAUGAAACUUCCAAGAAGCCACUUCUCUGAUGUGGUUUUCUGAAACACCAUGCACUGGUCAGUAUGACUAGUGGAGUACAGUACCUUCUUCCUUCU